AUGACAUGUAGAUCCAGAAAGAUCUUUCUCGACCAUCCCGACGCCCCGCCGCGCCGCGCACGCACGCUCCACCACCUUUCAGAACCUUCCAACACGUUCCAGACUCCACCCCUUCUCACCACCUAUAUAGAGCCGCCCCUCGGGCCUCGUCACUCCCCACUCCAAGAAUCGCAAGAGCGACAGAGCAAUCCACAGAUCAAGAAACCAAGCAACCAAAGCGAGAGAGAGAUCAGCGGCGGCGAGAUGGAGGCGAGGAUGUUCGGGCUGGAGACUCCUCUGAUGGCGGCGCUGCAGCACCUGCUGGACAUCCCGGACGGCGAGGCCGGUGCCGGCGGCGACAAGGCGGGCGCGGCGAGCGGGCCGACGCGCACCUACGUCCGCGACGCGCGCGCCAUGGCGGCGACCCCCGCCGACGUCAAGGAGCUGCCCGGCGCGUACGCGUUCGUGGUGGACAUGCCGGGGCUGGGCACCGGCGACAUCAAGGUGCAGGUGGAGGACGAGCGGGUUCUGGUGAUCAGCGGCGAGCGGCGCCGCGAGGAGCGCGAGGACGCCAAGUACCUGCGCAUGGAGCGGCGGAUGGGCAAGUUCAUGCGCAAGUUCGUACUACCGGAGAACGCCGACAUGGACAAGAUCUCCGCGGUGUGCCGCGACGGCGUGCUGACGGUGACCGUGGAGAAGCUGCCGCCGCCGGAGCCCAAGAAGCCCAAGACCAUCGAGGUCAAGGUCGCCUGAAGGGAUCGAACGAAGCGAGGUCAGGGUAGUUCCAGUGAGUUGCAGUGAGGACGAGCAGAGCAGUGGUGUGGUGGUGGUACGAGUAGUCGUGAAGUGUUCCUUUCCUCUGGUAUCCGUCUUUCUUUGCCUCGUAUGUCCACUUGUUUUUUGUUUGAGUUGAGCCGUACUGGGUUGAUGCUACGUGAUGGAGAAGCCGAUGUCGCGAUGCUUUCGGAAUAAAUAAAUCUAUGUUCUGUA